CGUACAGGAAGCGUUUUCUCAAUUCCUCUCAAAAGAAAUCCUUUCAAAAUGUCUUGGAAAGAAUGGUCCGAUAAAUUUCUUGACAACGGGUGCAUGGACAUGAGUGCUAUUUACGGUAUGGAUGGAGGACUGACAUUGUGGUCCGCGUCUGGGGAGCAGAUUACGAUGAACGAAGAAGAACUCAAACACUGUAUCAGCGCCAUUGACAUGAAUGACUUCAGCCACCUCCAAGUGAAUGGAGUCCGCGCUUGCUCCGGCAGGAAAUUUUUAUUCACAUCCGAAGACAGAGUAAAUAAAUGUAUAAAAGGCCAACAUAAGGAGCACGGUGGUCUAUUUGUCGGGGUGACCAAGUCGGGAAAAUGUGCACUAGUGGGAUACUGCAGUAAGCCAUUCCAAUGUCGACCAGCCUAUGCCAAAUUUUGCCAAUUAAAAUCUGAUUUAGAGGGACAUGGAUUUUAGAAAGUGACUUGACGAGAAAACGGUGCACGUGCAAUCGUGGAGCUAACUUCCAAACACACGAAAGGGCCUAAUUCCUUCAUGCCAAUCUCAUUCGAAUUAAAAACAUCUUUGUACUGAGUGUUUAUCUCGAGAGAAUCCCGAAACGAUUGGUGAUUCUGACAUUUUAUUGAAAGAGCACAUUCCAAAAAUCAUCCAUUAUCAUCCAUUCAUUGCCUGCGUGUUAUUGACGUUUUGAACUGCUGCUCACCCCCGGUAGGUCGGCAUGGGGUAUUGCUUAAACUACGGUUUUACUGCUCUGAGAGCUUCGGAUAUAUUCGAGAAAGUCUCGGUCAGGCAUGGAAGUUCGAUACGGACAUCUCCCUGGGUCAAUUCAAGUCACCGAUGUUUACUAGAGGAGAGGAGAACAACGUCAAAGUGUCCUUUGUCCUUCAUUUUUCGUCCUCUGACCAUUUUAUGAUCGUUUGCUCUAGUCAUUCAUCUCAUAACUGUUCAUAACCAUAACAAUGAAAAUAAUAAAUUUUGCUGAUCAUCCAAUCCAUUAUCAUGACCAUAGACUCAUUCUGUAGAGGAUGAAGUGCCAAUUAGUCGGAGCUUCUCGGCGGAGCAUUUUUACUGGAAUAUCAGCCAGGAGCCAUACCAGCAUUGUGGCAUAGGAAAAAAUACCGUAAAAGAUGUCCAGCCUCGUUUUGCUUUGGGGAAGCUGCAUGAAGCAAUGUGAAGUGACGGUUCCUGGCGGAAUUGACAGUAAUGAUCGUGAUAGGUGUAAUAGGGUGGACGUAGGUUUAGAUUUUUGUAUGUAGUAUUUAACUGCUAAUGCUGUGGAUACGGAGUUGACUGGUUAACGAGUUUAGUUGGAACGUUUGGCUUGUGACAGUAUUUUAUAAAUCUGCCUUCUUAUAAAACCAUUAUAUAGAUAGCCUAAUCAACUUGAAUUCCCUUACUCGAUACAAACUAAAUGGCUACCACGCAUGUUUCCCCAGUUACUUAUAUCUCCCCCUUCUCCAAGCAUGUCCCCUUCAAUUUACUCAACCGUCAACUUCAUAUAGCCAAAAGAGAUUAUACACACUAAACCCGCUCGUCUCUGACCAAUGGGCGCGGCGAGUAUCCACAGUGUUUGGCAUUACAUCUACUCGUGCCAUAUUUAUAUUGUGAUGCACUG